GCAUGUUGGGUUUUACAAUCUAUCGAGCCGCAGAUGCGGGAGCUAAAUAUAAACUCGUCGGAUAUUGGGGGUUACUUUAUGACGAUGUACUGGGCGUAUGUUUACGGUCUCCCACUAUUGUCUAUAGCCCUCCGUUCCUUGAAGCUGACAAAGUGUAGCGUCAACUCCAACCCUUGGAAACUCGCCUCUUGGGUGCUCGCUCGGAUUCUUCAUGAUGCCAGAUUGAGAGAAAAGAUCGAAGCGGAGAUAGCGCCCUACUUUACGUCCACGAAUAGCCUCUCGCCAGUAAAACUUGCGUUAAAGCUUAGAAACUGCUCUUACCUAAUGGCGACAUACAGUGAGGUCUUAUGGACUACAUCCUCCUCGACAUCCGUCCGGAAGGUGGACAAAGAUUGCGUGAUUGGGGGUAAAACGCUUUAGAAGGGAGCGCAUGUCCUCAUACCUUAUAGACAAAUGCUUCUGGACGAACGAGUCUUCGGAGCGGACGCCACAGACUUCAAUGUAGAACGCUUCAUAGUAUCUCCUUCUCUAGUUAAGAGUUCUAGCUUCCGACCGUUUGGCGGUGGCGUUGCUUUCUGCACAGGUCGGUUCCUUGCGGAGAAGGAAUGCCUUACGGUCGUCGCUCUGGUACUGGGAAAGCUUGGAGCGAGACUUUGCGAUUUGAACAUGCCGUUUCCUCGGAUGGAUGAAAAGAGACCUUCUUUGGGUAUUAUAACGCCGGUUUCAGGAGAGG